ACUACACGUAGAGUGCACGUUAACGUCCCUAAAUUUCCAGUUUCUCACUCUACUCUCCAACCCCUCUCUCUCCCCCUCUUCCAAAUUUUCUGGUAAAUCCCAAUCCCUCUGCUUUCCCAUUUUUUCCUCCAUGAAUUUCUUCAAAUCCGUGUUCUCCGACGACCCAGAUCCCCCAAACCCCGAAUCCGAAUCCGAAACCGGGUCUCACAACAACCCAGAACAGGAACACGCAGAUCCGAAGUCCCCACGGACACAACCCAGUCCCAACCCGACCGGCAACACCGGCGGGUGGAUGUUCGGCGAUCUGAUCAAAACCCUAUCGACCAGAUCCGAGUCGGUGAUCGAGACCUACCGCCGCGACCUGCAAGAAUUCGGGUUGGGUCUGAAGAAAGAGAUCGAGGUGGCUCAGGGGUCGUUGGAAACGGUGGGACACGUCAUCGAUGAGUUCGGGAACACAGUGCUGCAAGGGACGGCCCAGAUCCUCGCCGGCGACGAAUCGGAUUCCUCCGACGCCAAAGACCAAGGCUUUAGCUCUCAGCAGAGCUUGAAUUCGAAACGGUACAGUAGGUUUGACGCUCAGGUGCGUGCGAUUCAGGGUGACGCUAGCACUUACUGUGAGGAGCCUGAGGAUUUGGAUGAUUACGGAAAAUGGCAAUCUGGGUUUGAUUUGGAGGAGAAAGGUGAAGAAAUCGAGAGGCUUUUAGAAGAAAACGGAGCUAUGGAGGGGAUUUACAAAAGCGUUGUUCCGAACAGCGUUGAUCACGAAAGCUUUUGGUGUAGGUACUUUUAUAGGGUUUAUAAGCUGAGGCAGGCUGAGGAUGCGAGAGUGAAUCUCGUUAAGCGGGCGAUUUCGAUCGAGGAGGAUGAGGACUUGAGUUGGGAUGUUGAUGAUGAUGAGUAUGAUGACAAUGUGAACAAUGUGGUGUUGAAAGCGAAUUCGGCGAAAAGUACUCAAGUGGCUGCUGAAAGUUCUGGCAAAGAUGGGAUAGUUGAGGACUUGAAGGUUGGGAAUGAGGUUGGAGAGAAGAGUUCCAAUAAUGUGGGAGAGGGGAGCUGUGUCGUUGAAGAGGCGAAUGUGGCGUCGAAGAAGGAUGAUUUAGCUGCGAAUAGUGAAUUGGUCAGCAAAGGUUCUGAGCAGAAGGUUGUUAAGGAAGAGAGUAGCUCCGUUGGGGAAUCUCAAAUUGUUGAGAAGAAGGGUAAUGAUGUGGAGUUGAGUGGUGAUAAGGGGUCUGAAAAGAAAAUGCAAGUAGAAGGGGAUUCUGAGAAGAAAGAUUUGCCAUCGAAAUUGGAGGAGAAAGGGGCAGUGGAAGGGAAGAAGAAUGUAGCUGCCGGUAAAGGCAGUGUUGUUGAAGAAGCAAAUGUGGCGUCGAAGAAGGAUGAUUUAGCUGCGAAUAGCGAACUGGUCAGCAAAGUUUCUGAGCAGAAGGUUGUUAAGGAAGAGAGUAGCUCUGUUGGGGAAUCUCAAAUUGUUGAGAAGAAGGGUAAUGAUGUGGAGUUGAGUGGUGGUAAGGAGUCCGAAAAGAAAAUGCAGGUAGAAAGGGAUUCCGCGAAGAAAGACGUGCCAUCAAAAUUGGAGGAGAAAGCGGUAGUGGAAGGGAAGAAGAAUGGGGCUGCUGAAUCCGGCAAAGGCAAUGAUGUUCCGGCGGUUUCAAUCAAGUCCUUUACGCCGGAGGAAGAAGACCUUGGAUGGGAUGAGAUUGAGGAUCUUAGCAGCAUUGAUGAUAAAGAAGUUGGCCAUGGUGGUGGAAGUGGAAGUCCUGCUAACAAAGCCGAGCUCCGAAAGCGGCUCAGUACUGCUGCUGCUGAAGAAGAAGAAGAUUUAAGCUGGGAUAUUGAGGAUGAUGAUGAUGUACCAGCUCAAGCUUGAGUAGCAAGUAAAUUGGAAAGUUCUUGGUUCUUUAAAUUUAGUGCACGAAUUUAUUAUGUACUCCCCCAAUUUGUUCUUGGGAAGUCUGAUAUAUGUAAAGGGGGAUUCUUUUAAAAAAAAGCCCUGUUAUUUUAUCAGUUUGGUUUUAAAUGCAAAUAGAUUCCUUUAUAUCUGUAAUUUGUGAUGUUAAAUCAGCCAGCCUUGUCUAUAAAAGAAGUCAAUUUCAUUAA